AUGCCUGUCGCUGUGGGCUUCCCUUCCUAUCUCUGGACCUGUCUCCUCCUGGCUCCUACGGAAUGCAGCCGAGACCCCCGAUCGAGGAAAAUUAAAAAUUUCUGCCAUCCAUCAUCGACUAUCGAAUUCAAUGAUGAUUUGGACUGGGACUAUUCAGAAUGCAUUAGUCCGGACGUCGGGAAGAUGGCACUUGGCGUCAGACUACUCCAAGCCUACAAGACCGGAACUCCUCCUAGCUCGGCAAGAGUACCCGUGGGACGACUCAACAUAUAUACCCAAACCUCAGGAGCCGUCGAGGACAAGUCUACGAGACCCAAGAACAUGCAUGCACCCUCCCGCAUGGCCACCCAAUCCGGAUCGGAUGGCGUCAACAUUUCCAUCUUUGUUCAGAUGCUUGGCCAGAUGGAGACAAUUCGAUGUUUCUAUCGCGUAAAAAAGUGGUCUGUCAGACGAGAAAUCUGCUCACACUACGCAAAAAGAAGUGCGCCAGACGGAGUCGCGAUGUCAAUCAUCAACUGCAUGACGUAG